AUGGCUGACACCGGUCUACGUAUGAAUUUCGCUGCAUUAAAGAGGGCAGAUCCAUAUGCCAGAGAAAUAAUUGACAGUGCUACCCACGUAGCACUUUAUACUUUUGAAGAAAACGAAUGGGAAAAAACUAACAUCGAAGGUGCUUUGUUUGUGUACAGUAGAAAUGGUGAACCUUACCACAGUUUGGUGAUUAUGAACAGAUUAAAUACGAAUAAUCUAAUUGAGCCUGUUUCUAAAGGAAUCGAAUUGCAAUUAAAGGAGCCGUUUCUAUUAUAUAGGAACGCGAAGUGUCGUAUUUACGGCAUAUGGUUCUACGAUAAAGACGAGUGCGUAAGGGUGGCGACAAAAUUGAAUUCCAUAGUAAAAGCGCCGAAUGAUAUGCCACAAAAUCCAGUGUACCCUCCGGCAGCCAAGCCAAGUUCGUCUGUUGAUAUAUUUAGCAUGCUGAGCAAAGCGCAAGAUGAUUUUAAUUCUAAUAAGGGUUUGACGCCAAAUAAGAAUGAGUCGACUCCAUCGCGAGCACCUGACAUGGCAUCACAAAGUGUAAUGGACUUUUUUGCAAAAGCAGGCAGCGGUGCAGCAGCUGCUCAAAUGCCAGCUGUCUCUUCACUUCCAUCUCCAGGAAUCUUUGGACCGCUGCCAAGUGAUUCUCGAGAAGCGCCUUUACUAUUGCAAAGGCUUAUGAGUAAUCCUGCCCAUUCGGUGGAGCAUAUUGAAAAACAACAGCGGUCUGUCACUCCACAGGAUGCCCAAACAUCUAAUGGCAAUAUUUCUUUAGAUCCAAAUUUGAGGCAAAACAAUUCAUUUUCACUUAAAUCUACUCCUAUUGAAAAGCAAAAUCAGCAAAGGAUAAAUCUCAAGAAAAUGCAACAAUUAGAGAAUGUGGAUAAUAAUGGUCCGAAUCCAUUAGAAGCUGAGUUAAAUUUGAUGCAUAUUUCUUCACCUAAACCUACAUCACCUUUAGCAGCCUAUUUGAAUCAAUCUCAAGAUAUUACUCACCAAGUAGGUUCUUAUAAUGGUGGAAAGCUAGAAGAUGUGGGAGGUAUUUUUUCAAUUACUAAUGUUUUAGCGAACCAACAAAAGCCAGCUCUUAUGCCUCCUACUAUGUUCACUGCAACGCCGGGCAAUGAAAUUCAUCAGUCACCAGAGCCAUUAACCAGAAAUCAGCUUUUGCAGGCCUUCAAUUAUCUCCUUAAACAUGAUACUGACUUUGUUAACAAAUUACAUGAAGCAUACGUCAAAUCCUUUUCAGAAAAGGCUUUUUCUGUUUCA